AUGGAAAAGUAUGCCUUUCCGUUAUACCCAAUAACUGGGAGGAAGAGGGCAUUCUGUAUUGGCCUCUCAAGAUCAGAAGCCAGAAGUAUGUUGGAUGAAAACUCGGUCCCCGGAAACAACUGGUCGACCUAUCCUUGUAUAGUUAAAAGGACUUGCAGUACAUAUAAAGAGGCUCGUCGAGAAGUUAAAGCAAUGGAAAAUGUGACCGAUACGAAAGAAGAAACUCAACAUACUGAUGUAAUUCAACUUUCAGAAAUUAAUGAUGUUUUAGAUUUAAGCCAUUUAUUGCAAGAUGGCGUGAAUAUAGCAGCUAUUUCGACACCAAUUACUGUUACAAAUAACAAUGCGAUGGCGGACCGUAUAACUCUCAAUGACGUCAACACUUCAUUUUUACUAAAGGCUGACGACGAAGUGGUAAAAAACCAAGGGAAAAUAUUAGAAAUACUGCAAGAUGUGCAGAGCAAUCAGAUAAAAAUAAUACAACAGCUUGUGAUGCAUGAAGUUCUAUUGAACGAAUUAUGGUGA